CUUCCACAUUUCCGCCUCCUUUUGUAGGUAUCUCGUCUCAAUGGUGGAUAUCGAGCCAGGACGACACCAUCAGCAGCCGUCCGAUCCGUCGGAGGAGCCAUCAUUCCCCCUCGGUCCAGUCAUCAACGGCGGAAGAAUGCCGAGUGCGAAGAGGAGGAAGAAGAGGGCGAGGGAGAAAGAGGGAGAAGAGAUAGAGGAUUCCGAUGUUAGGGAUCCUCUGGUGGUGUUUGGCCCGGACAUCUUGACGAUGAUCUUGUGCCAUCUCGAUGCACGCAGCGUGGCACAAUCGCUUCUCGUUUCGCAUGGAUGGCAUGAAGUCGCUUCCAGCGAUCUGCUCUGGAGCGUCCAGAAAUUCCCACUGUUUCAGUGUGAAGAAUUGUGGUCAGGCAAGGCACACAUUCCUCGCUUUACGAUGGCAAGGGGAAUGUCAAAGUUGGCAGCCUAUUCAUUCUCUAUCAUGGAUGGCAGACGUACCCGAAUCAUGAUGGAGGACCUUUGCGAUCACAUAUGGGAAUUUCGUUUCAAAAAGACGGCUCCUGUGUAUUGGCGAGAGUUGGAUCCUUCUUGGGAGGGCACAGGUCCCCCAAUGCGCCGCUACUUCCACCCUGAUGGCUCCCAGACUGCAGAUCCUUCAGACAAAGUAUGGGGUGGUCACGAAUGCACGUACUCCAUUGUGACCAGUUUCGUGGAUGAGGGGAGGAUCAGGGAGCACUAUGUGAGGAUAAACAGGUGGCCUCCAAUGUCUGUCUCAAGGAAGCAAGACUGGAGCUGGGAGCUAGCCAACCACUUGUACUGCUACACGAGUAUCCCUGAUCCUGAUAAGGAGGGUGGCACUGGCCCGCUCUUUCCGGUCUGGUAAGUAAGCCAAACAACGGCUAGUUGCUGGUGGUUGUGAUGGGAAAAGUGAGGGAUGUCUUUCAUUCAUCCGGGGUCCUCUUUUGUUAUAUGUAUAAAAUGUAAUGCUGUAGAAUAACAUAUGACGAAUACUUUAUGUAGCUUGUAUGUGAAUGCGUGGUUACUAUAUAUGCAUGGCUGUAUGUAAAUAACA